AUGCAUCUUCUCCUGGCCACCGGGGCGCUGAUCCUUCAGACUGCUUUAGGUCUUGCGCCCCAAGCCAACGCGAAUGGGGGAUUGAACGUCUUCGAGAUCAAGCCCAAUGCCAACAUCACGGGCCAUUCCAUCACCUUCGAGGAGGCCGACUGCCCGCCGUCCCUCUCCUGCCGGACAACCCAAACGUGCAAAGACAGCAACGCGGUACCCUCCAUCCUGGACCUGCCUCCGAAAAAGUACUUUGCUUGCUGCACCUACGGCACGCACCUGCUGGGGAGCCCCCAAACUGCCUGGGACUGCUGUGCCGACGGCCACGAGUUGGCGGGACCCUCCGGCCAGGGCGAUUACCGCUGCUGUCCCACCGGCAACAUCUACACGGCAGGCAAGUGCGCGGAGUGCACGGGUGGGAAGACGCGAGUCGACAACAAAUGUGUCUGCCCGGAGGGCAUGAUCGAGGGCCCCAAGGGGGACUGCCAGCCGCCGCAGACCUGCCCCCAAGGCAAACGUCUCGUCGCGGGCAAAUGCAAAUGCUACUUGAUCUCCCGUCGGAAUGGGCAGUACCUGUCCCUCGGAGAAAAGGGCGAAUACUCCUUCGCGCUACCGGACGGCCAUCGUCUCAUGGGCCGCUUCCAGGUCUGUACGGAGCAAAGCUGUAGUUCCUCCCAUAAAUCCGUCAACCCCAGCGACGCUUUUUAUCUGCGGGACACCUUCAACGGAGGUGUCUGGGUUGACGGGUCAUCGAACGGACGGCACAUCUCUCAGACCACAGAUUUCGAGAGUGCUGGUAAGUUCAGCCUGACCAAAUGGGGGCUGGGCUCCUACUGUCUGGGCGGAUCAGGCGGAGGGGUUGGGGCGGCCUGCUCCAGUGAUACUCCAGGCAUUACCUUCCUCCCCGGCAGCCCGCAGACAUGUUUCCCAGUGAUCCUCACUGAGGUUCCUUGCGACACGAAGAGUCACUACAACAGUUGUGGGUGGGGAGUUAGGCCUCCGGGAAAUGGAAAGGUUGCUGCUGAUGAAUUGUAG